UUGUUCCCUGAUUGGUUACAAUUAAUAACCGGACCAAACAGUUUAGCAGCCACGCAUUACGUUUUUAGUUAUGUUUAGUAGCUAGCUAGCUUAGUUCUUAACAACUCACUGAAAUAGCACACUUCGUUUGUAAGAGGUCUUCUACCAUAGAGAAAUCCUGAUUGCCAAGCCAUGAUUCAGGUAGAGGCAGGAGUCUACAUCGGGGCAGCAUCUGACCUGAAAGAUGCCCAGGACCUGACCAAUGCUGGCAUCACCCACAUACUCACAGUGGACUCGGAGCAGCCAGCUUCACCUGAUGGGCCAUUUAGGAUGAAGUAUGUCUAUUCCCUGGACGAGUCCUCCACAGACCUACUCAGCCACCUUGAUGACUGCAUACGCUUCAUAUGUGAUGCUUGCGAGGCAUCAAAAUCUGUCCUUGUGCAUUGCCACGUAGGGCAAAGUCGGAGUGCGGCGGUGGUGACUGCUUACUUGAUGAAAUGUCAUAAAAUGAACUUCGGCGAUGCCUAUGCCAAACUCCAGCAACUAAAACCUGAUGUAAAGAUGAAUGAGGGGUUUGUGGACCAGUUAGCACUAUAUGAGUCAUUGGGUUGUGAAGUAGAUGUCACCAGCCCCCAGUACAAGCAGUACAGACUCCAGAAACUCACAGAGAAAUACCCAGAGCUUCAGAAUGUCCCAAAGGAGUUGUUUGCAGUGGACCCUUACCUAAGCACCUGUUCUGAGGUGGUAUACAGGUGUAAAAAAUGUCGACGGACACUGUUCCGCGCUUCCAGUAUCCUCAGUCACACUAUUGGCAAUGGACCGACUGCUUUUGCCUAUAAGAAGAUGAGUAACCUACCGAGUGGGGACCAGACCCAAUGUACCUCCUACUUCACCGAGCCUGUCCAGUGGAUGGAACAGGCCUUGUUAGGGGUGAUGGAUGGACAGAUCUUGUGCCCAAAGUGUAGCUCCAAGUUGGGCUCAUUCAGCUGGUGUGGGGAGCAGUGUUCCUGUGGUCGAUGGGUGACUCCAGCCUUCCAGAUGCAUAAAAACAGAGUUGAUGAAAUCAAACACAUCAGUAUAGCCACACUCAAAUCAUGAAAAUGUAAAAAUGAUUCAUAUCUGUAAUAAAUUUCUCAGAAUAGCUGUCUUCUCUCAGAAUAGCUCUCAUCUUUCCCUGUCUGCCAUUGAUGGUUCAUAGAUAUUUUAGGUUACCUAGACUAUUUCUCCUACUUGCAUAUUAAUUGAAUGAGUAGCCCGAGGGCAAUUCCAAAGUAACUGACACUGAGACUCAGAUUUGUCACUUUAAAAUGUAUGUCAAACAAAAACCAAUGAUUGCAAAGUUAAACAAAUCAUAGAACUCUGCACGUGGACUACUUUUAACAAUUUCCACUGAACAUUUUACAUAAACAUAUUUACUUGAAAAACAGUUCAGAUGCAGAGUUUGGUACCAGAAGGACGGUGUGUGUCAUCAUUCUGGUACUGAACUUUGCAUCUUUGACUAAUUGUAUUUUUGUAAGAUUUUCUGCGGAAAUUGUUGAAAGUAGUCCUUGUGAGUGGAGUUGUAUGGUUUAUUUAACCACGCAAUCAUUGUUUUUUGUUCAACAUUUAACCACGCAAUCAUUGUUUUUUGUUCAACAUUUAAAGUGACAUCUGAGUCUGUCACUGGAAUUGCCCCUAACGAGAUGGUAUUU